AUGAAUCACAACACCAACAUCCACUUUGGGAACCGGACACUGAUCCCACACGAUCUCCACGGCCGGAGUUACCAAGACCCAGCCGUAAGCAUCGUGCCACAUCCGUUCCCUCCCAACCGCGCUCAUCCGACGUUUGAAGGACCUAGCCGAGACGAGCAUCAUUACCAUCAUCAUCAAAACCGACCUCCGGUUUAUCAUCAACCACCUAGACCAGUGUUGCAUUCACACCACGACCAUGUUCUCAAUAGGCGGAGAGAUAGCCAUUUCGAUGCCGUGCUUGAGGGUUUCGUCGACAAACACAAAUCACCUCCAUCAAGCAUCCACAUCGCAUCUAAAGAAGAAAAUCCGGAUUGGAACGAGCAGAAUUGGAGAAGCCGAAGGAAGACGUUCCCGGAGCCAAUUUGA